UCUACUUCCUAUUAUGUUCAGGUCCUGAUUUCGGAGAUCUCUAAACAAUCGCGAGCAAAAUUCCUUAUAGACAAUCAGGCAAUGGCACGGUAUCUGACAAAGAUCGUGAUUCUGGGUGCCCAGGUGGUGGGGCGGGCGCUGAUGAAGACGCUGCGCCAGGAGCUGCAGGCCUUCGAGGAUGCGGCCCGAAUGCACGAGACCAUGACGGCCAACUCGCGCGACAGCAGCAGUAGUGCGAGGGUCAAGGGUAUGACCCUAGUGGAGGCCCAGCAGAUCCUCAAUGUGCAGGACCUGGGGGACCGUCAGGCCAUUGACACGCACUACCAGCACUUGUUCCGGGCGAACGAGAAGUCCUCCGGCGGCACCUUCUACAUUCAGUCGAAGGUCUUUCGGGCCAAGGAGCGCAUCGACCAGGAACUGGCCAGGCUAGAGGAGUUGGCCAAGGCUAAGGCCACCUCGCAUCCUGCAUCCCCACCUGCAGCCCCAUUCCCAUCCCAAGGCGAAUCCCAGUCCCAGGCCAAGUAGCCAGGCCACCACCAGAGCCGGUGUCCAAUCCCAGCUGAAUUCCCGGCCUGGCUUUUCGUGGCGUUCAUCGAUCUGUCCUGUAAUCUCAUCCACCAAAUCGUCCUUCAACUUCUAGUACAUGUGUAUAUUUAAAUAGUCGAAUAAAUAGCGUAAACUUUUGUAAGAGAUGAUAA